AUGAUGGACCCAGACCUCAACAAUAAGCUCGAUAGACUACUCACUCUAUUGGAAGCACAGCUAGAGCUUACCAGACAGGGUCAUCGAGAGGAACGAUUACAACGAGCUCAACUGAGCAGGGAGGAGACAAUGGACCUCUCUCACUCAGAAGACCAAGCAGGAGGAGGAGAUGAGUCUAUGAUAGGAGACCCACAUACUCCUACUCCAGCUCCACGACCAAGACGAUCAGUCUCAUUCAACCUGGAUGAGCAGGAGGAUGUCAACUACGAGAAGUAUGCUUCACCCAUGGGGCCAAGAUAUGUCAAGUCCAGGGUGGAUCCAUAUAACAAGAGCAGGACAGAUCACUAUGCUCUUGAUCAGGAGGAGGACUCUAGCAUCAUGGCAGAGCUUAACUGGUCAAAGCCCAUCGCCACCCCCUUUCCAAAGUUCAAUCCCCAAGACAUGGAGAUCUUCAUUCUAGAAGCCGAAGCAUGGUUUAAGUUCAACCAGGUGUAUGAGCAGACUAGGAUGAUCAACCACAUGGGUGCUCAACUAGAAGGGACAGCAAGAGAGUGGUGGACCUCCAAGCUCCAUAUUGAUAGAGCUAGAGAAGGAAGGUUGUUCAAUGAUUGGCACUACUUCACAGAGCGACUGUCAGAGCAGUUCAACCCAUGCAAUGCUAGGAUGGAGGCAUACAACAAGCUGUUGGCUCUCAGACUCACAAGUGAUGCUCCUGGUGCUGCCACAUGUCAUGUAGAGUGGUUCAGAGACUUGGAGGGACAGGUCAACCUAGAUGACAACGAGCUAGUGAUUGAUCUCUUCAGAGGAAGUCUCACUCGCAGCAUACAGGAGAAGUUCGAGAGGAAUCCACCUGGGAAGAGAUGGGAGUGGUAUCGAGAGGUCAAGGAGAACGAUCGACAGAGGAUGCUACUACAGCAGUCCUCGGCUAGACACUUCCAAAUGCCAUGCCACCUCCACUAA